CCCUCACCAAACCUAAAAAGAAAAGCAAAAAAUCAGUCAAUGGAACUCCUAUAUAACUAGAAAGAGCUACAUGCAUUAAUCCUCACAUUCUUUGAUAUAUUGAGCUUCUAAACUACUUCGUGGCUAAGUAAAUUAAACCAAAAACUAUGCCUCAAGCACCUUCCAGUGUGGUUUCUAUUAUUGAUCUCACCAAAUUAGAGAACUCAAAUGCCUCAAAUUCUUGGGUACCAUUGUGCAAUGAUGUUCGUCAUGCACUUGAAGAACAUGGAUAUUUUAUAGCACUUUAUGAUAAGGUUUCUGCUGAACUUGAGAAGGGAAUUUUCGAUGUAAUGGGAGAGUUAUUUGAUGUACCCAUAGAAACAAAGAAGAAGAACUCUUCUGACUUUUAUUUCUAUAGAUGGGUUGGUCAACUGGAGUUAGCUCCUCUUCAUGAAAGCAUGGGGAUCGUACAUCCAGCUGAUAUUGAGGCACUACAAAGCUUCACCACACUCAUGUGGCCACAAGGCAACUACAGAUUUUGUGAAACAGUGACAACAUACGUAAAGGCAGCAGCAGAACUAGAGCAGUUGGUGGACAGGAUGGUGUUCGAAAGCUACGGAGUACCAGAAAAGCACUAUGAAUCACAUAUAGCAGCCACUACAUACCUCCUCCGCCCUACCAAGUACACAGCACCACCACCAGCGACGGCAGACAGCACCGACAACGUCGGCGCCAACAUACACACAGAUAAGAGCUUCUCCACACUUCUCUUUCAGAAUCAGGUAAAUGGUUUGCAAGUUGAGACCAAGAAUGGCGAGUGGAUUGCUGUGGAUGUCCCUCCUUCUGCCUUUGUCUUCAUGGCUGGUGAUGCUUAUGAGGCAUGGAGCAAUGGAAGAAUAUAUGCACCAAGGCACCAAGUGUUGCUGAAAGGGGAUAAGCAGAGGUACACAUUGGCCUUAUUCACAUUCAACAAAGGAAUAACAGAUAUACCUGACGAAUUGGUGGAUGAAACACAUCCUUUACAAUACAAGCCUUUCGAUAAUUUUGGAUUAGCUUGGUAUUACCUCUCUGGUGCUAACUCCAUGAUUCACAGCACUGCUAAAGCUUACUGUGGCAUUAAUGCUGGAUAAAUGGCUUGAAUUUCAUGUUUCUAUAUCUAAGUUUUCAUAGUUUUGAAACACUCCUUAUGUAAUAAAUUUGUGGAUGGGUUCCAUCAUCAUGAAUUAUCUACUACUAAAGCUCCUAA